CACAUCCAUAAUGUUCCCGGCUCCAUUUUCUAGCUAACGUUAGAACUUUCGUUGUAUUAAUUCUGUAUAGAAAAAGGACUUUUUUCUUCAUUUUCCGGUUCAGUUGGAGUGAAACGACAAAUCAUUCAAGAUGGGGGGCGGAGACCUGAACUUGAAGAAGAGCUGGCAUCCCCAGACUAUGAAAAACAUUGAACGUGUUUGGAAAGCUGAGCAGAAAUAUGAGGCUGAACGCAAGAAGAUUGAGGAACUGCAGAAAGAGCUGAAAGAUGAAAGAGCUCGAGAAGAAAUGACUCGAUACGCAGAGGAAACGGGUGCCAUAAAGAAGAAGGAUGAUCGUUUGGACUGGAUGUACCAGGGCCCUGCUGGCCAGGUGUCCAGAGACGAGUACCUGCUGGGUCGUCCCAUUGACAAACAGAUCACUGACCAGUACGAGGAGCCUGAGAGUGGACCAUCAGCUGAGACUGGUCUCCUGCCUGGCUCCAUCUUUAACCCUGCCACCCCAGCUUCUGGCCUGGACCUCGCUGCUAAAAUCAGGGAAGACCCCCUGUUUGAGAUCAGAAAACGGGAAGAGGAAAAGAAGAGAGAGGUCCUGACAAAUCCAGUGAAGAUGAAGAAAAUCAAAGAAAUGCUGCGUCAGAAUCUGGACAAGAAGAAGAAGAGGAAGAAGGAAAAGAAGGAGAAGAGAGAUAAAAACCGAAGAAAAGAGAAGAAGCAUAAAAGAAGAAGCACAAGUUCAAGUUCUGAGGAAGACUAUGAGAAAAAGCACAGGUCACAUUCACGAGAUGAAUCCUCUUCAGAUAGAAAGUCUCAUUCCCAUCAUCUUCCAGGCUAUGGCCUCCAGCUUCCUGCUAACAGACAUCAGCAGUCCUCCGCCGCCUCCGGUCACUCAGGACACCACGAGAGGAGCCGCUCCCGGUCACCUCACAGGAACAACAGGGAUCAUCACUCGUCAUCAUCACACAGGACGGAUAGGAAGGUCCAGCCCAGAGCUCCCAGUCCUCCAAAAGAGCGAUACCAGAGACAGAGGAACCAUGUCUCCAAGAAGCUUUCUGCAGAAGAGCUGGAGCGUAAGAGGAGGGAGAUGAUGGACGAUGCCAAACAGAGAGAGGAGGAUCGGGAGAAUAAUAUUAAAAGAUACAAAAGGCAAGACGAGAGGGAUAAGCAGCAGGAACAAAAUGCCAAGCAAGAGCGCCGGGCUGGCUUUAUCCACAACAUGAAGCUGGAGAGUGCUGCCAGCUCUUCUUUAGAAGACAGAGUGAAGAGGAAUAUCCACUCCAUCCAAAGAACACCUGCCUCCCUGGACAACUUCAUGAAGAGAUAAAGAUGAAAAGGAUGAAGUCUUAGCCCUGACUCACUUUGCAAGAAUCAUGCCAUCCGCCCUUCAAUGUGUCCAGUUUAUCUACUACGACAAAAGGAUGGAUGGUGUGUUGGAACAGUGAAUCAUGUGGCUCAAUCUCCACACAAGGCUUUUAUUCUGAAAAGCAGAUUUAAUACUGGAAAUAAUUAGUUUCCAAUGGAUUCAAAAGGAUUUGCAUGGUCUGUCUGUAAUUUUAGGAAAUCAUUUAUGGUUUAAAGUUUAUAUGACCGAACUCUGUACAUAACAUUGUUUUUUGUUUUUAUACUGUGUACAGGACCUACUUUUAUGUAAUUGUUUUGGCUAUGUUUGUGUCUGGACUGGAUGUUCUUCUACAAGAAAACUUCUAUAAAAAAGUCUCCAGUAUAUUUUCAG